AUUAGUUAUGAAUUAAUGAGGUUGUACUUGGUCUCUUAUAUUUGUAAAAAUUUAAAAUUUUUUUUUCCAAACGAGCGUCAUUUUCUGCCCUUCAUCAGAAUGCUGUGAAUCUUGACACGAUUUCAAUGGUCACUAACUAACGCCGGUCGUUAUGACGGUUUCCAAACUUUCAACUUCCAGAUAAUGUUCCAGAUAAACAAGUGCCUUAAAUUUCACUGGUUUUGACACAACAUACCUAAUAACUAAUUAGGUAACAUCUAGCUUAUUAAUAGCCUAGAAGUAAUUUAAAAGUUAGUUAAAAAAAAAUAGCUAUAUAAACAUGAUGAGUAUUAGUAAACCAAAACCCAUUAAUCCAGAUACGCCUUUGACACUGAUUAAAGACAUUCAAAAUAAUGUAAACAACAUAACUGUUAUGUGCAUAGUAUUAGAAGUAAACCCUGCUGUACAGCUCAAAGAUAACCAUGAAGUUCGAACAGUGAAAGUAGCUGAUAGUUCAGCAUGCAUCAAUUUUUCCGUCUGGGAUGAACCUGGUUCAUUUUUAUAUCCAGGUGAUAUAAUACGUGUUCACAGAGCGUAUGCAAUUUACUUUAGAAACUGUCUUACUCUGUAUGUUGGUAAGAAUGGUGAAAUUGAAAAAAUUGGUGAUUUUAUCAUGACAUUCAAUGAAUCUGUCAAUAUGAGUGAAAUAAACCUAAAUGCACCUCCACCACAACCACCUCCAGGAUCCAAUGGAAAUGCAAUAAGUAACGCAAGACGGACAGGAGUAGGAAAACAAAAUAUGAAACCAAAUACAUUCAAAGGGAACAACGGAAAAAGUGGACCUAGAAGUCAAAUGAGACCAGAAAGAAAAUAAUAGGUACAAUAACUGAAUAAACUUGUUAUACAAUUGUAUUGUAUGAGUUGGUGAAGAAAUUCUGUGAUAUUAACUCAUUUUUGACCCUAUUUUAAUUAUUCAAGUUUUAUAUUAAACUGUAAUUAACUAUGUACAUCCUUAUUUUACAAAAAAAAAUUCUGAGUAAUAAA